AUAGAGACCCUGUGCUGAGUCGAGUCUUACACUGCAUUCGGACUGGUUGGCCAGACAAACCUGAUGACGCACUAAAGCCGUUUGCAAUGCGCCAAACAGAGCUGCACACUGUCAAAAACGUGAUAAUGUGGGGUACUCGAGUGGUAAUACCGGAUACCGCUCGUGGAUCUAUACUCACUGAGCUGCACAGCUGUCAUUUUGGAAUGGUAAAGAUGAAGGCCCUCGCUCGUACCGCUGUAUGGUGGCCUGGAAUUGAUAGGGAUGUGGAGACUCUGGCCGCGCGGUGUUACAUGUGCCGAGUUCACAGCCCGAGCCCGCCGAAGGAGGAGCUGCAUCCCUGGCAGUAUCCUCCAAGGAGCUGGUCCAGACUCCACAUAGAUUUCGCUGGACCGAAGAAUGGGAAGUAUUUUUUGGUCCUAGUGGACGCGCAUUCAAAAUGGAUUGAAGUGGCUAUGAUGAACUCGAUGGAGGCAAAGUCUACCGUGAAGACACUGACAGGCAUGUUCGCGCGUUUCGGUCUACCGGACGUUAUUGUGAGUGACAAUGCACCCACGUUUACCAGCUCUGAGUUUCAGCAGUUCCUGACUCGGAACCGGAUCGAUCACCGUACCAUCGCACCCUACUGUCCACAGUCCAACGGCCUGGCGGAGAGAGCGGUCCGUGAGCUAAAGGUUCGACUGGACAAACUGUCUGAUGUGUCUUAUCUUUCCAUGCAGGAAGUCAUCGACAAAUGGCUGUUCCUGUACAGAGUCACGCCGCACGCCACCACCGGAGAGACGCCUGGCCAACUUCUUCUGGGGUACAAGCCCAUCACAAGGUUGGACAAGCUGAAACCAGACAUUGAAGGACGUGACUGCACCGGAGCCGGAGGUGACUGCACCGGAGCCGGAGAUGGCUGCGGAUCGGCGGACGGUGGACCUCGCUCUGAUGCCGGCGCCGCUUCAGCAGCCGCUGAAUCCUGCUGCUGCCGACGGCGACGGCGAGUGCUCGCCAUCUCGGCAAACGAGCCUCCGGUGUGCCGCACCGUCUGCGGCCGGGGCGUCCGAGUGUUCCGCUGACGAGUCGGCUGGCGAUGCUGCACUGGCCGCCUCUGCCGGGCGGCGCUCACCGGCGGCCGCUGUGGGACGGCCAUCGACUGGUGAUGCGGGCGAGUGUGUAUCGACUGGCAGUGAUACGUUGGAGCAUGCACCGCGUCAAGCUCCUGAGAAUCCUGAACAAUCGCGGCGCUAUCCUGUGCGAGAGCGGCGACCGGUUCAACUAUAUCCUGCGUAGGGUGUUUCCGGGUGUCCAUUGUGUUGUUUAUGUUUGGUAGUCUCAAUUUAGUUGGCCAUUUUUGUUGAUAGUGGAAAUUUGGGGUGGAGGUGUGGUGGCUGGGAUUGGCUGUGCCGUGCCGGCCAGCUGGGCUAGAUAGCCUGAGGCGCGGAUGGCGUGACCUGGCGGCCGGCGGCCGGCGGCCGCGCGGCUGGGUGUGUCAGUCUGUGCCUGGUGCCCACACGGGCGGGUGUCGUGACGACAAUACAGUGCCGCUUGGA